CACGACCAGUAUUGAUUAGUUACUCGUGGACGUUGUUAUAAUACAAUUAUACACUUAAUAUUUUGUUCAUUUUAAAAUUUAAGAUCACCAAUUUUUUAACAUGGACAUUGAAAUGUCAGGUGAUGACGAAGAUUUACCAACUAGUAAACUAAAUGGCGGUGGAUUUAAAGAUCUAGAUAUAGAGUCGGGCUAUUUUAAGAUGUUCAAAAACAAAAUGGAAAGCCGAAGAACCCUAUAUAUAGUUUUAAUAUUACUAAUAUUCAUAUUAGCAGUGCUCAUUAUAGCUGUUUUCGGAUUAUCAUUUGCCUAUCAAAAGAUGACGAAAGACCAGACACGGACUUGUACAACAAAUAACUGUUUAAAAUCUGCUAUAGCAUUAGUUGAGUCAAUGAAUAAAUCUGUUGAUCCAUGUGAAGACUUUUAUCAAUUUGCUUGUGGAAAUUUCGGAAAAUUGCAUAAAAUACCUAAAACAGCUAUUUCAAAUGAUCGGUUUGUCGCAGUGCAAUCAUCAAUGUUAGUACUUAAAAAAGAUUUUUUGGAAAGAGAUGAUGUUGACGAUGAACCUUCUUCCGUAUCAAAGUCCAGGCGUUUGUAUCGUUCUUGCGUGGCAACUACAAUAGAUAGAACGGAAACGGCAUAUAUUAUGAAACAAUUAAUUCAGAUUUUAGACACAAGUGGUUUGCCGUUCAAUGUGAUUAUCAAUAGGCAAAAAGCAUCAAAUAUCUCGUCAAUUUUAGCUAGAUUAAAAAAACGAAUGAACUUGGACUAUUUGUUUAUGGUAAAUGUUCAAUCAGAUACAAAAAAUCGAACACUUAAUCGAAUUACUCUAAGUAAACCAAGUGCUACAGAUGUAUUUCCAGUUUACAAAUUAACAAACACAAUUAAGAAAAUGGGUUCAAAAAAAUUGAUUGAAACUGUAGAAAAAGAAAAAAAAACAGCUAACCCAAAUGAAGAUGAA